GUCUGGGUCAGGGUGGUGGUGGGUGGCCCUUGGAACGGUUGGCGUAUCACCAGUUUUGUUGCUCUCGUUUCCUUUCUCUUCUGCUUUUCUCCCUGUUGUUGUUUUUACAUGUCUUCAGUUAAUCCCAUCUGUCGCUCGUUCACGAACUCGGCUCUCCAUCUCCCAUUGCUCUGCGCGUGGUGAGAGUUAAGAAAGCAACUCGACCGAAUAAGAAUAACGUAACACCAACAUCAAAAACACCAGAGAACCGCCGUGGCCAUGACUCAACACAAUACCGUCCGCGCCAAAGGAAAGGAGCAUUUUCCCAACUAUCCUCGCGGCUUCACCGUCCUCCGCAUCUUCCAGCUCGUCUUCAGUUUCAUCAUCCUCGCCGUGGUCUCUUACACGGUCUACAUCGUUGCCUUCGACGGCAACUGCUUGAUGCUCUUCACCGCCAUCGCUACUUUCAUUGCAUCCUUGUACAUGGUCAUCGCCAACCAGUGCGCGCCGCAGCUGUACAACUACUGGGCCGUCCUCUCCCUGGAUAUCUUCCUCCUGCUCUUCUGGCUCAUCUCCUUCGCCCUUCUCGCAGCCCAGACUGCCUACUUUUGGGCGGCCAGCUCCGACUACUGCGACUACUACACGUGCUACUAUGGCACCUUGUCCGGCAGCGCUCUCGUCUUCGGUGCCAUUCUCGCCGCUGCUUCUGGUCUGGGCGCGCUUGAGUUCUUAUUCUUCUUCAUCUCUCUCAUCAUCCACAGCAUUGCCAUGUGCCGCCACCGCCGCGCCGGACUCCACUGUAAUGCCGUCCCGUCCGGCACCGCCCCGGUUGCGGUCGCUGUCCCGGUCCAAAUCCACCCCCAGGGCAUGAUCAACUACCAAGGCGCGCAGUACGCUGCUCCUGUGGGCCAGAAUGCAGCCUUCAACACGCAGCCCGUGUACAACCAGGCUCCGCCGCCUCAGGGUUUCCAGCCUCAGCAGCAGCUUAACGAGAAGCAGCCAUCGUCCGUAGGUCCCCAGGGCCAGCAGCAGUUCUUCCCGCCUCAGAGUCAGCAGCAGCAGCAGCAGUUCUAUAACCAACCUCCUCCGAUAGUCUCCCAGCCCACUGGAAACACCUUCCAGCAAACUCCUGCUGUCCAGCAUUCGUCUCCUUCGCCUCCUCAGCCUCCCCAGGGCACAUACCAACCUCCGUACAACCAGCCUACUCCACCUCCAGGACAAGCUGUCUACCAGGCUCCCACCUACCCUAGCCAACUUCCUUAGGGCGCCUACUUCCUUAUGGCGCCUACUAGUAGAUGACUUUGGGGUCGGUUGUAUACGGAGAAGAGAGAAGAGAUGUUGAGAUUUGAAUUAAGAUCAAGGUUUGGUUGUAUUUGCUUUUAAGGAUACCAUUUGGCGUCGAGUAAUGAGGGAGUCGCACUGGCGCUCUAUACAGACUGUCGCUCAUUAGAGAGUCGUGUAAAUGAUAUUCGCUCACAUCGUU